GCUGUCUCAAGAACGUGGUACAGGAGGCCAGGGGCGUGAUAAACCAAGUCGCGCGCAGAAGGCUUCAUCAUCUACAUCUGCUACGCUAAAGAGUCAGUUAGCGUCAUUGAAACAGGAGGAGAGGCUUCGACGAAGCGGCAAGGAUCGACGACUGGGAGACAAGGCGAUGAAGCAUAUUUCUUCAAAAAGAGGUGCGAAGUCGAAGUUUGUAGCUAGGUUUUUGCAGAUGAAAGGUGCAGCGCUGAAAACAAUGAGGACAGGACCAUCAACACGCAGCCCUCGUUCUCUUGGAUCAAAAAGCGGAAGAAAGAGGGGGAUGAAAACCAAUGGUGCUUCAAUCACGAGCACAAGUCUUAAUGCGGGAGGGCCUGCAAAGAAUAGAUCAACUUCAGCAUCGAAAGGUGUUGGUGCACCAAAGACCAACAGGAAUAGCCCCACGAAGCGAAGUAGAAGGAGCCUCGCCCCUACAUCUUCAAGCGUCUGUGUCGAUCCUCACAUUGGUUACACCAAGCUCGACGCGAUUGUUCCGACAUUCCAGCAUAAGGAGAAGAUGAAUUUCGCACUAAGUCCCUUUCUACCUGCCGGACAGAGCAUCAGACUAAGGAUCUACAAUGUAGUUCUGCCGCAAGGAGGAGGUGAAACGUACUUCGAUUUCGAAACCUAUUACCGAG